AUGGUCCAGGACUACAAGAGCCCGGUUAAGGAGUAUGAAUACCCCUUUGAAUAUGUCAUGGAAGCGUACCAGAGGAGAUUUGGAGAAAACGGAUGCCCAGAUAUUCCGAUUAUAAAAGAGAUGGAUGUGAAGGAAGAAACAGAUGAGAAUGGUAUUCAUAACAUUUUGAGACGAUGCAGACUACAGCCAGAAAUCCCCGGAAUGCUGCGGCGAAUGAUGGGAAUCGAUUCAAUCUUCUUCUGCCAGAGAAAUGUGCUUGAUCGCAAGAAACGGACGCUCACGAUCACUGCAUGGAACGAGUCAUUCGACAACAAAGUAAAAGUCGAAGAGACUUGCAAAUACUGGGCCGAUGGGGACAAUUUAACCAAGUUUACUCAAGAAGCGAAGUUGACAAUAUCUUCGUUUUGGGGCUUUGAAUCGACGGUGGAAAAGCUUAUGAUUAGGCAAUAUACGUCGAGCAUGAAACAAGGCAAGGAAAUUCUUCAAAAACAUUUGAAACAAAUGAAUAUGGAAAAGUCGCCUGUAGACCGGCUCAAACCGCUUCUCCCAUCCGAAAUAAAAGAUAUUGACAAUAUCUAUCUGGAGCGUUUUAUCAAUUCACGUGACGGUAAUGUGGAACGGGCUGCCAGUGCGGCGAAGAAGUUCAACGAGGCGCGGAAAACAUGGAACGUCUGCGAAUUGGAGAAAAAAGAGUGCCCGCAAGAGUGGUCAAAUAAUUUCGAUGGCAAAUGGCUUGGGCUCGAUAAUGAAGGCGGACCAGUGUUGGUGCUGCCCCUGGGCAAAAUUGGUGUUCGCACAAUUCAAAAGAGUCUAAAAGAGGAAGAUAUCAUCAGAGAGAUCAUCAAACUCAUCGAGCAUCGACCAAAUCCUCAUGUUCAAUUCUCAGCACUUAUUGAUUGCGAUGAUGUUUGUCUACGACAGGGAUGGGUAUCUCGACCGGUGAUAGACACAAUGCUCAAGCUCUCAGAAGUUCUGGCUCACCUUUUUCCGGACAGUUUACGACGCGUCCUUCUCGUCCGAGCUCCAGCUCCGUUCACAGCUGUUUGGUCCGUUGUUUCACCUCUCAUCGAUGAAAAAACGCGCGCCAAAGUGUGGCUUUACUCCGGAAGCGACAACAGCAAGAAUCUACGAAAGUUUUUGCAGACAAAUGCUAUUCCAACCUGGCUGGGUGGAGAAGCGCCGUUUGACUCGUCUUUCGGAAACAAGAACAAAGAUACAGAUAGUGGGUAUGUCAAAGUGACUUUACCUUACGAAGAAACUGUAACUGGAUUACCGGGCUCGAUGGUCCACUGGGAUGUUUCGCGGAACGAACACACGGCAAUUACUGGCUUUACGGUUAACGGAAAAACAGAAGUCGGCGAUGUCUGUGGAGCCGUAGAUCUCGACAAAAAAUCAGAUGAGAUGACGACCUCGAAUCAGGCUAUUUACAAAGAGCCCAGAACAGUUGUACUAGUAAAGACAGAUACAGGCUUUGGCUUUAAUGUGCGAGGCCAAGUCAAUGAAGGAGGUCAGUUGAAAUCUAUCGGAGGAAAACUCUACGGGCCUCUACAACAUGUCUCCGCGGUGCUACAAGGCGGUGCAGCGGAAAAAGUCGGCGUCCGGCCAGGCGAUAGAAUUAUUGAAGUUAAUGGAAAUCGAGUGGAAGGAGCUACCCACUCGCAAGUCGUCAAUUUGAUUAGGCAAGGAGGAGAUUCUCUUUCGCUGACGAUUCUUUCCGUUCCGCCCGGAGAGGCAUCACGACUUGAUCCAGAUGAUGAUCAGUUUUACGACUACACAGAUCGAGCACCACUAAAUAUCAAGAUCCCUUCAUAUUCUCAUUCAGCGGACGGCAGUUUUGUUCAAUUUCACGUUCAUCUCAAUGAUGAGCUUGUAGCUCUGAGGCGUUACUCUGAAUUCGUCGCGUUAGGCGCACAAAUUCAACGAUUAUUUCCCGAUCUUCCUCUGCCACCUCUUCCGGGCAAGUGGCUCUUCAAAAUGAAUGCAUCACAACUUACAAAACGUAAAAUGGGCCUAGAAGCUUGGCUCAACGAGGUUCUCGCUGUGCGAGUUGUCCACAACGCCGAACCAGUGGAAAAAUUUCUUCAAAAAGAUGGAGGCAGUAAACAGAGCUUCCAGCGAUACGUAGUUCUGCCUGACGGGAGCCACUAUCCAGUGACUGGACAAACAACCGUCGGCGAUGCGUUGGAAAACGCGCUCAAACGAAUUGGCCUCGGUUCGGAGUGGUCUGCCGCGCUGCAGCUUUUCUACAGAGAUCAUGAUGGCGUUUUGUGUAGAUUCACGAAGCCAGAAGUCAUCCCAAAUCAAAAUGAGAUCUUCCUGAGGUUGUUUUUGCUCUCUCCAGAACUUCUGCAAAUUCUUAUCGAAGACAAGAGCUUUCGAAAAAUUUUGUUACAACUAGCAGCGCAAGAAGCGAAUCCAGUAGCAAAGGAGCGGCUGAAUGCAACCCAAGAGCAUUCAGGCAAGCUGAUCGAGGAAAUCAAGGAUUCUGAAAAUGAUUUGCGUCUUCAAGAAGCAAAAUUCCCUCCAGUUGGAUGCGAUCGCCGUGCACCACCAGCGAAAGUCGGGAUUAAUUUGUUCCAGUCGCAGCUAGAAAUUGUUGCUUAUAACGGGGAUGAGGCUGAGGGAAACAAAAUUGCUCUUGAUUGGGCUGAUGUGACGGAGUUUUGCUCUCACAAAGACGGUCUAGCGAUCAAGUACAAAAGAAAAGAGAGUGAAAAAGGGCUCAAAGUUUUCCUUGUUCAGUCUGAAAUUGCUGUUGAUGUUUACUCAAGAAUACAGCUUGAGAAAAAAGUCGAGGAACAACUCGACAGUCAGCCGCUUCCAGAGUCCGUCUUGCGUUUGCUAUCUACAUGA